GGACAGAAUGAUUUGACAAUUUUUGUGUUCAAAAAUAGCGUAAAUUAAGAGUGUCAAAAAUAGCGUGUAGCCAUGAACGAAGACGUGAUGACGAAGUAUUAUGAGCGUGAGCGAAUCACAACUGUCAAGUCUUCUGUGUUCUACCUGAUGAUGGCAGUUUUCAUCGGAUUUCCAAUCUGGUGGCACACAACAACAGUGUACAGGGCUCAGCUGCCGGAGGCAAAAGUGAACGAAUUUGUUUCGAAAACAGUCCAGCUUUCCAUUCCAUUGUACGUUUCAUUCGCAAGUAGAAAUAAUGCGAUGACUGAUGAAUUCAAAGACCAACUGACCUCUUUGUUGCAGUAUGAACUGGCUAUGACGUCACGAGAACAGCAAUUGAGAGAUGGCAAGCAGCAGUCGGCUGUCAAAUUCAAUUAUGACGUCAUAAGGGAGGAUUGGCUAGGUGAGCGACAAUUAAAUGAAGGCGGAGUAGAAAAGCAUGAGAAAAUGGAUGGAUACCUGGACGUGGUUUUUGACGUGCUGGGAGAAGAUCAGGAAGUGACUUUGAGCGAAACAGAGGAUUAUCUCGCUGAGAUCGACCCGAAAGCAAAAAUAGUGGAAAUAUUCAUAAGUGAAAUAAAUGUUGAUCACCAUUUUAAAAGAGACUUAAAAUGCAAUCUGGAGAUCCUCGUCGCUAAGUUGUGCAAAUUUAUCAAGUACAGAGUGAUCGGAGAAAUUACAUUAUACAACGAGUAUACAUCCAACAUCAGAGUCCAAACGUUUGACUUCAACAAGAAAGAGGAAUACCGACGCCAUAAAAAACCCGAGAAGCUUCUGGGGCCGAAACGAGAAUAUGAUUUGGUGUUCACUCUUAUAAACCCAGAACCAGAAAAGUACGAUCGCAAAUUGAUCCGCUGGGAUAUUCAAGAAGCCGUGGCAAAAUAUUUAGAACCUUAUCUUCAUAGCUUAAGACAUGUUGCAACGUUUAACGUGGCGUCUCAGAUUAUUUAUCAAGUUAAUUUGGGAUCAAACCCGUCUCAAGAUUACGGAGAUGGUAAAGUGGUGUGGGCAUUUUCAGAAGUGGAUAUUCCCCAUUUGAUCACGCCUGUUGAAAGGAAAAUUGGGUUCACAACUUCAAAUCACACUAUUAUUAAUUUGGUAACUUAUAUAACGCCCUAUGAGUUCAAUCCGUGUUAUUUUCAAACCGGCGCUGGAGACCUUAAAUCAUUAGCAUACUACAAAGGAUGGGGAGCUGUCGAUUUGCAUAAUGUGCAAAAAGAAGUUAUCGAUUCAAAGAAACGAAUUAAAAUUGACGCCUUGAGGCAAAUAGCCACAUUCAUUCCGGUAAUUGAUAAUUUUAUUGGUUUGCGGAGAAUUGAAACGUUCAAUCUUGCUCGUCAGUUUCAAAAUAAAAAGCUUUCGAUCUCAAAUUUAGACCUGGAAAACUUUUACCGGAGAGUGUCUUUGAACAAUCUUGCGACAUCGCUUAGUACAAUGGAAUCUCUUAUAUCUUUAUGUGAUCAUGUGAGAAACAUGGUUAUUCGUGAUGAAAUUAAAGAUAAUGUUGAAAAAGCAGUAAGUUUGAUUGACGAGGCCCAUAAUGUGCUUGCAACAGGAGGCAAAUUAUCAGAAGCUCUUGAAAAAUCCUCGAUUGCAACUGAGUUAGCUGAAAAAGCGUUUUCAGAUCCAACCAUUUUGGCAAUGCUUUAUUUUCCUGAAGACCAGAAAUAUGCUAUUUAUGUGCCGAUGUUUGUGCCAAUGUCUUUGCCUUUGUGGACGUCAAUGGGCAUCGUGUUGGGCUAUAUUAAAUCCAGAAAAGCUGGAAAAGUAACGGUCGAAGAAAAGCAAUAAGCUUCAAUUAUAAGCUGUUUUAUGGUACUCCAAUCAAUGCAAUUGAUAUCAAAUCUCGUAUUGGAGAUCAAAAACUGUGAAAAAUUUAUUUAUGCUGAACUGAAAUGUGAUACACACAAUUCAGUGCUUCAAAACACUUGUUGAGAUGUUGAUUUAAUCUAAACUAUAAAUAUAUAGCUCUUUGUUUUCGGCUGAUGGAUAGCCGGUGUUCUACAAGUUCAAAAAAAUUAAUUCUGA